AAGUUGCGCAAAUUUGUGAAAAUGGCGGACAAGCGUCAGCCUCCACAAAACGUGCAAUCUGUGGAGAAUGAAGACAGUAGCAGCAGCAGUUCGGAAGGACAGAGUGACAGUGGUUCUAAUUCCAAUUCGCUUAAUGCGUUCGUUAAUGACGGAGGCUUUCUCGAAAGGUUCAAGCAAAUGCAGGAAGCUUGUAAGCAGCAAGCCGCUUCACAAGAGGCUCAGUUCGCUGUUCCACAGUCCGACAGUGCCGCUACAGUUUCGGUGAAAACCGAGCCCACCGAACCAGACGCGGCUGCUGCUGCUGCUGCUGCUGCCAGGAAACGGACACUCCCAUUCGUGGGUAAAAGAAGGGGUGGAAAAGUUCUAAAGACGGGCAUUGUCCACAAGCCGAAGGUUGAAGAUGAGGAGGAGCUUCCCAAGGACGCCUGGUCACGGUACUUGGCUGAAGUGCGCAAAUACCGAGAGCGCUCGUGUGAUGACGAAGAGAAGACCCGGCCGCUUGUCAAGUGAUGAACGCUUCGGCAACAAGUGACAGAGCGAGACAUUACAGCGCCUAUGGAACCGUUCGCCCACAGACAUUCUUCCUAAUGGCUGCUUGCUGUUUGGUUAAGGGACGUAUGUAUGAAGUAAAGUUAACCAGUCUGCUAAGUAGCAUCUCGCCAUCAGCGGUGUGCGGUGUCUCGUGAUAUAAAGGUGAAAAAAAUAGCUAUGGUAGGCAGUGCAGCAUGGCACUUAUUUAUACUGUACAUAUUUUGCCGCAAUAAAUUUUGUUAGCAGGUGAGCAAUGUUACAAUAUAAGCUCGAGACGUUCGCUUGUAUAGGAGAAGUUGCGAUUCUGGCUAUGUUCUUGAUGUGGCAUGCCUUACUAAUAACACUGCGUGGAAGGCAACAAUACGAAUUAUGUGGCCAGUAAGCUAAUGGUAAGUUAGCAACUGUAGUAAGACUUCAUUUAAUUUGAAGGGAGCUGGCAAAAGUUCUGUGCCCACUAUUCGAUUUAGCAUGUACAGCAAGCAGAUUGCCUCCAUCCAGUUAAGAGAAUUGAUCUAGCCUCAGUAAACUUUUUCCUUUCUUGGUUCUAGGGGGAGAGGGUGUGUGCAUGCUGCUUUACAAAGGAACCUUGCCACUGGCAAGGUUCUUUGAUUACUAUGAGAACUAGGCUGUUGUAUCAUCACUGCAUUAAACAUUUAUUGCCGGGCAUCCUUGAGAUUGUUGGGGCAUAGAAAAUGUAGUGUUAUGGUCCUCUUCUAUUGCAAUUUUUUGUGCGCCUUUCCCAUAUUUCUCCUAUUUUUUUCUGUCAGUAAAGUGGCUGUCAUGUCGCUGUGGAAUUAAUCACAGAAAAUUUCAUGCCACCCCCCCCCCCCUUUUUUUUUGCUGAAACUUUCGGAGAUUUUGGUUGUUUAAAUCGUGUAGCCACUUGUGGUUUACCCCUUCCGUGCCACAGACGAAUUGGGUUUGCCCACGGUUAUAGUAAAAAUGGCCAGGACGGGCUUAGUUCGUUGACAAUACUUUUCACUUGAUUGUUGAUGAUACUUUGUUUUCUAUAACUUCUUGUAUAGCCCUGUUAAACUUCAUUUUUACAAUAAAUGGUUGAGAUCUUGAUAAAUGCUUAAAAUAUUGCAUUCAUUGCCUUUUGUAAG